AUGAGUAACACUUGCAAACUUCCUUCCAUACGACUGCUCUCGCUUGAUCUCCCUAUACCGGGCCAGGAUCAGUAUUCGAGUAACACACCAGCUACUGGACAAAAUCCACAUUAUCAAACAUAUGCCCAGUCAUACGAGCCUUACUAUCAAAACCUUCAAGGAUCAUAUAAUGCCUACGCCCCUAUGGGGCCUGGCCCCGCGCUUGGCAACCUUGGCGCCACGCCCUCGCUGGUGAACCUGCUGUUUCUGACCCAGACUCAGUCCCAGGGCUAUGAUCACGUUCAUGAACGGCCAAUAACUCCAUACUAUCACCCGGUACCCCAACAGGCUUAUUCAUUCCAAGCUGCGCCGCCAUCACGGCUGCCUUCCUCAGUGGCGUCGGUUUCGGGAGUGGCACACACUGAAGGGGACCUGGAGCACAAACCUGCCAUCACACUUCCGUCUGCGCCCGCCCCACAAGCUAUGGCAACUGUAACAGCGCCAUUGCAGCAGCAUAACCAGACCCCACCGACUAACCACCUUUCGCCAUCGGCUACUGCAUCGCCUCAACCGGCUUCGUCGUCGUCGCUGCCUCAGUCUCCUAGAGACUCUGCAUGGAAACCACGUAAAAAGAGGCAAUGUCCUGAAUGCCAUCUUUUCUUUUCAAAUUUGGCCACCCAUAAGUCAACUCACCUCAAACCCACGAGUAGACCGCACUUGUGCAAGCUCUGCCAUCGUGGAUUUGCGAGACCAAACGACUUAUUCCGCCAUUUUAAGUGCCACUGGAAAGAGAUCGGUGCAGACAAGGGUCAAUUUCGCUGCCCCUUCAAGAACAAUUCGUCUGAUGCAACUGAGGACCAUUGCUGUCAUACGCUGGGUAUUUUCUCUCGAUGCGACACCUAUAAAAACCACUUGAAGGCUAUUCACUUUCAGUAUCCUUCAGGUACCAAAAAAUCACAGCGUAACAACGUUCCGGGAAACUGUCGUUUGUGUCAGCGGCAAUUUGCCACGGUAGAUGAUUGGAUCGCUAAUCAUAUCGACACAAACGACUGUCCAUUUGCAUCUCAUUAG